UAUUGCAGGCGCACGACUCGACGAGCAACAGAGUGCUGUGUACAUCCCCGCCCACGUAUUAUUAUUCGACUGUCUUGUAACCACGCUUCUCGGUGAUCGUGAACAACCACGAGUAUUGGACAAUUCCAUAUCGAGUGGAUAAUGAAUUUAUUAUUCGCGGAAGAUUUGUCGCGGCCUGUCGACAGAACCACGUAAGAAGGUUUUAAUGUGACACAAGGGCGAGCAUGAUUCUGGCAGGAUCAGACCAUUUUCUGGCGGUACCUGUGGAAGCGACAGCAUUUCUGGGUGCCGUAGCUGGCUUCGUGGUCCUCCUGUUGGCUCUGUUCUUGUACUUGUCACGCAAAUGGUGCUUCACUCCACCAUCCACGACCACUCUUUUCGGUGGCGUUUGCGUGCCCCUCUGCGAGCCUAACAACGGCUCCACCUCACAGAUUACGAAAAACAUAGGGAAGGCAUUUUCCUAUUCGGAUCCAGAGACUAGUUCCGAUUCGGAAGAGGACGUCCUUCGUCGACUGAAUUCGCAUACUCAUCCACCGCCGGAUACUUUGACUAUCCAAGCGGAGGAUGGACCGACCAUUCUGGAUGCCGGCACUACCUCCAGCAGCUGCACGGAAGAACACUCGCCCAGCGAUCAACAACAGUGUGUGGUAGAAGUCGGGGCCUCUGGUAUUAUUCUCGAUAACAGAGAACAAGAGGUAGAGGUCGAGCAAAAUGGUUCGACUACCAACGACGUUAUUACAACGAUGGGUACCAUCACCGAAGAAGUGGGUAGCUUGGAAGUCGCUUUCCUAUAUGAUGCACCGAUGCGCGAGAUGACGGUUCAUGUGCUGCAAGGACGAAAUUAUCCCGAAGGUAUAGGCGGUAGUCAAGUGCGGCUCGUGCUGUUACCAUCGAAGAAGCAGCGCCGUAAAACUCGAGUACGCCAGGGUACGUCUCCACAGUACAUGGAGAGUUUUCUGCUUCCACGUGUUAAUCCAGAGGACGUAAACGCCAUGGGCGUACGCCUAAGAGUGUAUCUAUGGGGCGGAAGAAUGCGACGAGAGAGAUUACUAGGCGAAGCUAGAGUCUCCUUCGAUCAGAUCAAUCUUCAGCUUGAAACUACGCUUUGGUUAACGCUACAACCUCCACCUUUUUCUUCGGUACAAGAUUGGGGAACAACUAGUAGUUUGACUCGUAGCGAUUCCACCGGAUCACAGCAAUCAGUUCAAUCAUACGCAUCACCUACUGCACGUGUGCCAACUUACGCGUCGCAUACUGUACCUCCUUACGGCAGUAGUAUGAAGGGCGGAAGCGUGGCAGAAAUUUUAAUAGGCUUGGCGUAUAACGGGACGACUGGACGUUUAUCGGUAGAAAUAAUUAAAGGAUCUCAUUUUCGGGGUGGCGGCGGGAACGACACGAAACCACCCGACACGUAUGUUAAGCUCGCUCUCAUGGAUAGCAACGGUCACGAAAUGGAACGAUCGAAAACUGGUCUGAAACGGGCUCAGCCGAAUCCCCUGUACAAGGAAACAUUUAUAUUCCAAGUUGCUCUGUUUCAACUUGGAGAUGUAACUCUCUUUCUAUCGGUUUAUAAUCGACGAAGAGGCGGAAUGGGAAGAAAGGGAAGAGAAAUGAUCGGUUGGCUGAGUUUGGGAUUAAACAGUUCCGGUACGGAGGAGCUUCAACAUUGGAACGAUAUGCGCGCAGCAAGACAACCGGCGCAAGUUCAACGCUGGCACUCGUUGCUGCGUCCUUGAAACAUCCGAUCACGAAAGAGUUCCUGCAACGGAAAUACAUUUUACGAUGUUGUUAACGAUAACGAUAUGGUUUGACAGAUAGAAAACGGUGCAGAUUACGGUCCCCGAUUGCGUACCGUUAUAUACGACUGAUCGUGUAGAAGAGCAAGUGAAUUUUUCAAGACGAACGCGGCUGUUCUUUAUUGGAGAUAAAGCCUGUACUGCCCGAACAGAACACAGAAGUCAAUAUGUCGAUCUGUUGAUCCUGCGAAUCAGAGCUAUCAUAAUUUUAGCACGUGGUAACUCUGAGUCAAAACUCUAUCGAUGUACCAAGUACAUUCCUUUUUGAUACGCCGGACGGAGUUGAGGGUGUUUUCAACAUACAUAUUACGUAUGUAUAUUACAUAUGCAAACAAAGAAAGAACGUAAACGCAUAACACAUACAUGAUCCAUACGCACACGUACACGUAUAUGUAUAUACACGUUUACCUACUUACAUAUACGUAAAACAUAUUUCAAUUACACGUGCACACAUACGUACACGUUACAAAUAUGCAAACACGCAUUUUGUCGGUCCCAAAAGUCGAACGUAUAAUACAUUAGCAGAUGGACCGCGAAAACGACUUCGAUUCGAUAUGUGCCUGAGCCAACUUUAAUCGUUUAUUUUUUACUUUGUGCCUUUCACCCUUUUUAGGCCGCGUGUCCGUCGACGGAGAAUCGUCGUGGGAUACCUAGCCAAGUCGAGAGCCCAUUAUGAACCGCGAUCCUCUAGCCGUUCUCCUUUGGACGAGCUAACUAAGCAAACGUAAUUUUUCCUCUCUCGCUCCGCGACACUUUCAGCGGAAUAUUCGAUUUGCAGUGCUUGUUCGUUCGAAUCGAUGCCACGAAUCUUGUUGUUUCGAUCACAUGGUUCGAGAAUGGAUUGACGCGCGAAACGAAUUAACCCCUUACUGCGUGGAGUACUGGGGCAACGAAUAAUGUUUCGAGAGAAAGUCAAGGCUGUACACAAUUUUUCUAAUUUCCUACAUACUCUGGCUUCGUUUGUUCGUUUCUCUUUUCUGCGUACUAUUAUUUAUACACAUAUAUAUAUACGUAUAUGCUUAAUUUAGUAAUACAUAUUUGAUAUUAUCAGUAAAGCACGUUGCGAAGUUUCAUAAUUCCUUGUCGUAUUCUUGAUACGUGUAACAACGUGCUUUUAUUUAUUAUAUAUAUAUACUUACGUAUAUUUACGUAUCCUAACUUUACGAACGUUUCGUGUAUACAGGAUAUCGGUUAAUCAAUUAGUAGCGUCGAGGGGUUAUAGUUAAUCGAUGGGAUAUAAAGGGGAACGUAUACGAGGACAGAUUCACAAUUAAACGACGCACAAUAAACUCGCAAAGCGCACCUCGUAAACGCAGAUGUGAUCGUAGAGUUGAUAUUACUAUUAAACUAGUAGUAUACAUUAUCGUGUGAGUACGAUAGGUUAUGUAGAAAUGUUUUUUCCACGCGUUUAUAUUAGAGGGAAUUGGAUACCGGACGAAGCAGGCGACUGAUUAAUGGAUAAAAAAAUUACCAGAUGCUGUGAAUCGUUUAACGCUUGACUUUUUCAAGCUUAGCGUUUAGGUAAUUAACGAUGAUUAAUCCAUGCUCGAACUAUUCUCCCGUUUUACGUAUUUAGACAAUGUAUAACGCGAUUGCAAGGACUCAGAAGUUUCUUUUUCGUUUGUUUACUACGUAUGUGCAUGAAUUUUCUCGUAUCAAAUGUACAGACGUUCUUUUUACAAUGCUCUUCUCAAACGCAGUUUUAAAGAAGUACUUUUAGCGCUUUCGGAUUUAGCAUAAUCAUCGAUAAUCGAUAAUAUCGUAGUUAUGUGCGUUUGUUGGUGCAUCUCAUCCAAUUUCUAGCGUUUUCAGGAAGCGAGAAGAGAAAGCAACAGCGAGGAAGAUGCGUAGCGUGAAAGCAAGCGAUAGAAUUAUUCUCUACUUUGAGAAAAGUUUUAAGCGUACCGGGAUUUUAGCUAACGUUCUUAGGAUACUUUCUUCACUUCUGAGUCUUGGUAACAUAAUUGUAUAUUGUACAGUCUGUUUAUAAGCAACACGAUAUUAACUACGAGGAUCAGAGAUUUGCGUGAAAAUGAUGUAGAAAGAGAUUCCUCGGUCUCUCAUCGCGGAUGGGUCGAACCCGAUGCGAACAAGAACAGAAUGUUUUUGAAAUAUUUAUGAUCGAUAUGUACACUUAAUUAACGAGUAGAGGUUUUUCAGGGUAAUUUCUAUGCCUUUAAUUGUUCUCAAUUUGUUACAAUAUAGUUGUAAUUGCAUCGAACUAUUUUAAAGCAAAUGACUAGCUUUUCGCGGGAUGAUUCAAUGGCGAUGAAACAAAGAAUGCUUGGCCAAAGACAUUUAAGGCAUUGAUUAGACAAACAGAGUGUACGAAGUUAUCGAAUUUUAUUUGUCCAACAAUGUUUGGCAAUUAUGAAUGUAUGAGGUGAACAAAUUCUCACAUUUCGAUAAUUCAUAUUGUCUUGUUCUCUGAUGUUCUAUUCUAUUGUGUCGCUUUCUCGAGUGUCCAGUGCUUACAAAGUCGAUAAAAAAGGGUAUAUAUAUAAAACAAAAAGAAAAGUCUUUAAAGAUCGCGAGGAUUAUAAACAGACUAACGUUGGAUUUUUAUCUAUAUUUUAUCUACAGCACUCUUUCUCGAUAAGAAUUAAUUGAAGUUUGAACGUCUACUGCACAAAAUAAUUACCUUAAUCAAUGUUAUUAAAUUAAUAAUAAUUAUAUUAUAUCUGUCGCGUUUUAUAAAAGUGUACUCUAAUACAAUUAAACGAAUAAACUUACAAAUAGUUGUUACUGAAUACAUAAAGAAAAAGAAAUAAAAUUUGUCAAAGUACAUAUUUCUCUAAUA